CCAAGCUCGUGAGAGCAGAGGAACUCUCUUUCCUCACACUCCAAAGCAGCAAGACCAUCUGGCAAAGCUGCGCUAGAGGCCAGCAUCAGGCCAUAAUAGGCCAGAGAGCAGACGAGGCAUGGCGACGUCCGUGGCCUGCGCCUUCUUCUUCUUCGACGCGGCGGAGCCGCUGGGCGAGGGCGGGCGGCGGCGGCAGCGGCAAGCGCUGGACGCCUGCGCGCUCUGCUCCAAGCCGCUGGCCCGCAACAGCGACAUCUUCAUGUACAGGGGCGACACCCCGUUCUGCAGCGAGGACUGCCGCUACGAGCAGAUGCACCACGACGCGGCGGCCACGGCCUACGCGCGGCAUCAGGCCAGCAGCCGGCGGAGGCAGCAGCGGAGCAGGGGCGGCUCUGUGUCCGCCAACGAGGCGGACGUGUACGUGGCCAGCUAGAGUAAGAGCAAGCGCAAGUGCAAGCGCGGCGAGGCCGAGGAUGGUGAAGGCCGUGCGCUGCCUGGUUCAAGCAAGAGAAUCCCGUCGGUGGAGGUGGAGGCGCAGGCGCUGGCGCUCCCGGUUGGCUGCCCGCCACUGCGCCGCACGAGCUUUGUGAGCGGGGGGUGGAUCUGAAAGAGUCGACAGUCGAAAGCUGAAGAAGGCGAGUAGGAGACAGAUCCAGACAACCCGCGGGUUGAAAACUUGGAUAUCGACGCCAUACGUGCUCUGCGCCUCUGCUCCUCUUGUUUCUGUUUUCCCUUCCCUGAUGGGAUCUUUUGGGCUGUGAGUGGGUUAGAGGUUGAUGAGGCCUGAGGUGUAAAUGUACACGGCGUUUCAGGACGUCGUUAUGAUCGAUAGUCGCGAAAUUUUGAUGUCCAACGUAUCUCGAAACAGAGGUUGAGGCCAGCCAGACGAAGCUUGGCAAAUGGAUGCCAGGUUCCCUUUGAGACG